AUGCUUCCUCGCGGAAUAAAUGCCCUAUCUGGCUACACUCUGCCCUCUAAAUUAGGGCGUCAUGAAUAUAUUCAUCAAUCUAGAAUCAAUGCAGUUGAACAGCCAAUUGUGACUAGUGACAAGACCAUGGUCUUGGUUAGCUAUGAUCCUGGCACAAGAAGCUUAUUUCGCCUCCAGAAAUCUAGACAGUCAACGUCCGACGAUGACGGGAAUCUCAUCAUAUCCCACAGAGGUCUUCCAGGCCAGCAGAACACUGACACAAAAAAUGGGCGGUCACUCUCCAUUUUCCUGCGUUUUCUCCAGUCCUGGUCGGUUUUUCAUCAUAUUAUCACCAUAUAUCCUGUAUUCCUCGUGAUUCCUAUCGUAUCCUGCGCCAUCCGAUGGCCAUUGCCAACGAUCACGCCACUAGCGAUAUCCGUCUUAUGUUCCUAUAUUAUACCAAAGAGACGCCGUAUUAAGAGCCUACGAUCACAUCUGAUCUGGAAGUUGCUGGUAUCGUACUUCCCGAUCCGACUGUACCGUUCUACGGAACUACCAACCAACAAGAAAUAUAUAUUCAGCUGCCACCCUCACGGUAUCCUCUCAUAUGGCGUCUUCGCAACUUUUGCAACUGAAACUCUUGGUUUCGGUGAAUUGUUUCCAGGAAUUGAGACUACGCUUCUCACUCUAGAUUCAAACUUUCGAAUUCCAGUUUUCCGUGAUUACUUACUUGCCCUGGGAUUUGGCAGCGUCGCACGCGAAUCAAUCGAAAAAAUUCUGACAAAGGGUGGAAAAGACGAUAAAGGCGAAGGACACGCCGUUGCUAUUGUCGUUGGUGGUGCGAAGGAAUCGCUUGAAGCAAAACCGGGAACGUUCCGCGCAGUAAUUAAGAACCGAAAGGGAUUUAUCAAGUUGGCUAUUCGUACAGGUGCUGAUAUUGUGCCUGUCCUAGCAUUUGGUGAGAACGAUCUUUACGAUGUCGCUGAUCUGCACACCAAACCAAUGCUAUCGAAGGCCCACUUGUUAUUCAAAAAGCUAUUCGGUUUCACUAUUCCGUUUUUCUAUACAAAAGGCCCAUAUAGAUUUGACUUCGGGAUUAUGCCUCACCGACGACCUGUUAGUGUUGUCAUAGGGAGACCGAUUGCGACAUUGAAGGAGCAGGAUAAUUUUAAUACAGAUGAUAUCGACGAGGUGCAUGAAAGGUAUCUGAAGGAAUUAGAAUACAUGUGGAAUGAAUGGAAAGACGUGUUUGCACCAAGUCGCAUUGAGGAACUGACAUUCCUGUGAUAGAUACGACUAUUACUACCCUAUCGAUGCACUUGAUCAUUCCGUUUAAUCGGAUCAAAAAGUGCAAUGUGUUACUUUGCUCGGC